AUGCCUUCGGACGAGUUCCAAGAUACAACACAAACUAUAAGCAAUGUCCCCAACUUUAAGAGCAUCAGUGACAGCAUUUUCAGCAGCGAAGAGCGCGUACCGGCAAUCUGCUUUCGAACCUAUCAUCCACCAAUUCGACUUGCUCUCGCGCUCCAUCGUUGGGGAUGCGUUGUUUUGCCUGCUUUUAUGUACAUUGUUGCAGCUAUUCUUAUCUUGAAGAAAUCUUCCACCCGCUGGUCAUCUCAAGCAAAGCGGCUGACGAAGCAGGAGAGCAGUAAAAUCAAGAAGGCAACGGUCACAAUGGCUUUAUCCACAGUAAAUGCCGUGUUCCUACUACUUGUACCGGAUGUUAUUCUCUACUUCCACUUCUUCGAUUCCGAAGUGAUGGUCUUUAUAUUGUUCUCACUGAUUUUGAAUAAGGUAGGAUCCUAUCCCUCAAUUGUCGAAGGCGAGUAA